AUGUGUGGUCAUGCAUUCAUUGGGAAGUCCUCUCCAGCAUGGAAGUGGCGAUAUUGGUGGGCUAGGAUCACCAAGUUGAGGGAAAGGGGUACUUUCUCGAUUUCCCUCAUCCUGAGAGAAGGUGACUACACAACAGCAUCCAUGUCCUUCGUUGAAGAAGUCUCGAAUACAUCGUCCCAUGAUGAAUUCGAUUUGUCAGUCACUGUUGAAGAUGAAUUCGACAUGUUAGAUGCCGUUGAAGAUGACUUGUUCGUCCCUAUUGAAGAUGAAUUCAAUAUGUUAGCCGAUAACUCAGACACGCUAUCGGAUAAUGAACUUCACGUGCCCGUCGAUGAAUCAUCCUACAUGUUAAAAGAAUGCUGCAGGAGGUUAGAUGUAUGGGGACAUCCAUCCGUGCCUGACAUGGAAGUUUGCAGGGUGGUGAAGAUGUGGGAAAAGCUUCAGUGUUUCUUGCAAGUCGAGAUAUCUAAAGCGUGUUUUGCUGGGAUGGUUUCUCACAUGGACAUUCCUCUAACCUGUGUUGAAUCAGUAGCCGUGAAAAUUAAUGACAUGGCAAAAAAGGCCCACCAAGUGGGAAAGAAAACGUUAUAUAUUGUUGCAGAGAUUGAGGUUUUGAUAUUAGUCAAAGAAGAUGAAGAUGGAGAAGAGACAUUGGCUGCAGCACUGAGAGAAUCAAUUGGUGAUAUGGCUUAUCAGAGGACUAGUGCAGUCCCAGCAUCAAAAUCUUCAAUCGAAGCGUUGGAAAGGAUGACAUUCAACAAAGGUAAGUAUGAUGAGAUCAAGUGUGCAAUUUGUUUGAAUGACUUCUCUACAGGGAUGGAGGUCAUACGGAUGCCGUGCUCACAUGUUUUUGAUAGCGAAUGCAUAAUUCAAUGGUUGGAGAAGAACCAUGUGUGCCCGAUUUGCCGGUUCCAGAUGCCGCCUCAACAGUUUGAAGAGAUUUGA